AUGAAACAUGGAAUCGUCCUUGUUUUGCUCAUCAUGAGUAUGUUGCUAACGGUUACUACCUCUGUGUCCUUUAGCAGAUCCAUAUCAGUAACCAAGCCUUCACCAUUAUCAACCAAGCCUUCUCCGUUGUCAAUCAUACCUUCACCGUCAUCAACCAAGCCUUCACCGUCGUCAACCAAACCUUCUCCGCCAUCAACCAAACCUUCACCAUCUGCUAACACUUCACCACCAUCAACCAGACCUUCACCAUCAUCAACCAAACCUUCACCAUUUGCUAAAACUUCACCACCAUCAAUCAAACCUUCACCAUCAUCAGCCAAACCUUCACCGUCUGCUGGCAACAACAACAACGGCGACGGCAGUGGAAAUGGCAAUGGUGGCUCCUUUGGAUUUGGACCUGGAGGUUUUGGCAUACCAGGUUUUGACAACACAAUACCAGGAGGCGGAUACGGAGUUGGAUAUGGUGGUCCAAGUGGAGGGAACUCCAUAAACGGUGUUAUUGGACCAUCUGUUGUCUGCAAAGACUUAGGACCUUGUUACCAGAAAAAGGUCACAUGUCCGGCAGGGUGUUUUUCAUCGUUCAGUCACUCCAGCAAAGGAUACAGUGGCGGUGGUGGAGGUGGUAGCUGCACCAUUGAUUGCAAAAAGAAAUGCACUGCUUCUUGUUGA